AUGGCGCUUGGGUCCGAAGGCAGCGACUCAUCCCUCCACUUUCCGCGUAUUCUAUGUCUCCACGGUGGUGGCACCAACGCUCGCAUCUUUCGAAUGCAAUGCCGUGCUUUCAAGUACCACCUCGGCAGCGAAUUCCGUUUUGUCUUCGCAGCUCCUUUCCCUGCAAGACCAGGUCCCGACGUCACUGCCGUGUAUAGCAAUUGCGGCCCGUUUCGCGGCUGGCUCCGGCCGGUGGACGAGACUGAAGAUCAGGACUUCUAUGCCGCCGAAGCUUCUAUGUUAAUCCAGAACUCCAUCAACACCGCCACCAUUGCCGACAACCAUCUCGGCGCAACUGGCGAGGUUGUUGGGGUUCUGGGCUUUGCCAGGAUCGCAGCCAGCCUCCUCUAUAACCAGCAACUGCGUUGUCAACAGCUUGAUGGUGGCUCUGAGAUGAAAACAAACAGCGUAAUGAACUGGCCAAACUUUCGCUUUGCUGUUUUACUAGCAGGUCGUGGCAGGCUGGUCUGGCUCAUGCCUGAUGUUCCGAUGCCUCAGGACUUGUUCCUCCACUGCAGCCCUCUGCCAUACCGCCCUUGCUGCAAGACGACGCUCCUGGCUGGGAAGGGCUACAUCUCCAUGACAAGCUGCAGCUGCCUACGGUCCAUGUCCACGGCCUCAAAGAUGUAG